AUGCUCUGUAAUUCUGUUCGCGAUGUGAGUGGCGGCUCUAUCGCCGACAACUCGACCAAGGUCGAUCGCUGGCGUGAACACUUCGAAGCUUUGGAUGAGCAACCAAUCACAUCCUCCCUGUCCUUCGCAAUGGAGAUUCGGCCCCUUCCAGUCUAUACAGUGUUGGGCGACAUGCCUUUUCAAGAUGACGUUGCCAAUGUAGUGCAGAAGCUCAGGCAUUCUCGUACCUGUUAA